AAAGCUGAUACAAUAAUAGAAAAGUAAAACCUGAGUAAAACAUAGCAUAUGCGUACAGCAAAAUUUUAUUGAUACUUAAACUGAUUUAUUGACCAAAAUCGCUGCUUCAAUAAAUUUAACUAUUUAGCUGGGUAGGUUUUCUAAUUUCUAAUAUCGGUUCUCCAAUUCCAGAAAGUGAUAUCGUCAGAGUUGUUACAUUUGGCAUAAUUGAAGUCGGAGCUAGCAGUACUCAUGUAAGGAUCGAUGUAUUUCGAGUAACUUGUUUCGUUGCUCUUGAUAUCAAAUUCAGGUCGUUCGAUAGCUUUUCCACAAUGGUAACCAAAUCUGAAAUAGUUGGAUCCUGAGGGCAUUGCAAUGGAAUCGUAUUCGGUAUUUCGUUGAUGGUUGAUAAUAAUUAACUCCUUCCGCAUACGAGAUUACUUCAGAAUCACUGAAAUGGGACUGCCAGAGCUACCCGGAUCUAAUGACAGUGAUGAACACUUGACAGUUCACGAAAACGACGCCAUUCACAUGGACGCUGUGAGCGAUGAAAGUGAAAACGAAUUUGCCAAUGAAGGUGAAUAUGAUGGAUACCAACCACUUAAUAAAGAUGAAGAAAGCGAUAUCAUAGGCGAUGAAAAUAUGGAUUUAGAUGCAGAAAUGGCAACUAAUGAUCAUUCUCGAAGAUCUGAUCAAAACACACCGAGGGAUUUCCUCAAUUUAGAUGUGUGGAACGCUCCUAGACCGAAUAUUCUCAGUAUCGACCUUGAUCCGGUGAAAACUGAACAGAUCGUCAAUGCAAUGGCUGGGUUCAAUCUACCUACCACCUCUGUUCCAGAAUGGGCUAUAGGGGUUCCGGAAGAGCGAUGGAAAGAGGAACUUUUACAGAGAAUUCGCUUACGACAACCGAAUAACGCCGAUAAUAUUUAAUAAAACAUAGAACAUUUUAAUUUUUAUUCAAUAAAGAUCUAUUUUCUGUUUAAUGA